GCGCGGAGGCAGUCCCAGUCCCGAUCUGGAGCUGGCCGCGGUGGCUCCGGCGGCGGCGCUCUGGUGCCUUUAUCCCGCGGACCCCUCGGGCAGGGUCCUCCCACCGGCUCCAGCGCGGCACACGCGUCCUCCCGCCCCACAGGUCCCGCACGGUGCAGCCCCGGCUGGAGCGGCGAUGCGCCUCAUUCAGAACAUGUGCACCAUCGCCGAGUAUCCCGCCACGGGCAGCGCCGCCGCCGCCGCCGCCGACUGCUGCCUGGGGGCGGCGGGCCGCCGCCUGGUCAAGAUCGCGGUGGUGGGCGCCAGUGGCGUGGGCAAGACCGCUCUGGUGGUCCGCUUCCUCACCAAACGAUUCAUUGGGGACUACGAAAGGAACGCAGGUAAUCUCUAUACCAGACAAGUCCAAAUAGAAGGUGAAACCCUGGCUAUUCAGGUUCAAGACACACCAGGUAUUCAGGUCCACGAGAACGGCCUGCGCUGCAGCGAGCAGCUGAAUCGGUGCAUCCGCUGGGCCGACGCCGUGGUGAUGGUGUUCUCCAUCACCGACCACAAGAGCUACGAACUCAUCGGCCAGCUCCACCAGCACGUGCAGCAGCUGCACCUGGGCGUGCGGCUGCCCAUGGUGGUCGUGGCCAACAAAGCCGACCUGCUGCACAUCAAGCAGGUGGACCCCCAGCUCGGACUGCAGCUGGCCAGCGUGCUGGGCUGCUCGUUCUACGAAGUGUCGGUCAGCGAAAAUUACAACGAUGUCUACAGCGCCUUCCACGUCCUGUGCAAGGAAGUGAGCCACAAACAGCAGCCCAGCAGCACACCGGAGAAGCGGAGGACCUCCCUCAUUCCCAGGCCCAAGUCCCCCAACAUGCAGGACUUGAAGAGGAGAUUCAAGCAAGCCCUCUCUGCCAAAGUGAGGACUGUCACCUCCGUCUGACGCAGGGACUCUCGGGGGGGUCCGGUCUUCCCAGGAAGAGGGUCGGCGGUUCUUCCAGCGCAGGAAUGCUGGGUGCUGGCAGCCAGUCAUGGUUCUAGAAGGAGCCGGAGCGGAGGGGCCGGGAGGGGUCUGUGGGACUGCCACCGACACGGAAGCAUUCUGAGCCGGGGACAGAACGCACGAGGCUUGAACGAGCCCACUGAGCCACUCCGAGCAUGUGAAACGCGCUCUGUGUCUUUUCCUCUGGAGUGGGGAGGGCGGCAUUGGAUUUUGUUCUUGACCUUGUAAGUGACGGUCAGCUGUAGUUUCCGCAACUGUAAUGUGGUUGACGGUGGGAAUGAGAGAACAGCUGCAGCACUCCCAGCCUUUCCAGGUUUUCUCUUCUUUCUUUUCUCCCUUUUCUCCCCCACUCCCACCCCCCCAAGAGGAAGGACUGCUUUUUCUCUUGCAAGUCUGAUUUGCAUCUCUGGAACCCUGUUCCUUACAGAAUGCCUUUCUAAGCUGAAGGGCACCCACAAUUUCUUCUUAAAAGAACAAGGAGGGAAAUACUACUCCCACCCCCCAAAAGGGGGAGGGGUUUAUGGGCCAGAUGUUAUGUAUAUGGACGGACAUCCGGGAGCUUCUACAUCUGGCAGGAAGGGCUGCUUCCUCCUGACACAGAAGGAGUACGUUUAGUUGAGCAGGUGUUAAAUGGUCAAGAACUCAAGCUCUUCAGCCCGACUGAGUAAUUGUGAGACUGUAUAAUUUUUUUUUAUUAUUUUUUUUAAUUUUUAGCUGUUGCAUCAGGUACAGGAGAAAAACAAACAAACUGUGUUCAUUGAUUUUAAUGCGAUUUGUGUAAAUGGCUCAGAGCAAUGACGUCGGGUUGCUUCCUAGGCCCGGCCGAGUGUGGCUUAAGUACAGAAAACACUGUCUUAACAGAAAGUGAACAGAUACAGGGGCUGCCGCCAAAUCCCCUACACAGAUGCACUUUAAAAAGCCACUCGUGCUUUGGCUUAAACUGUAAUUAAUUUAUUUUAUGUACAAUAAAUCUCAUUUUGAAAGAGCAGA